CAGCUCCUGACGGGAGGCAGCUGGGGCAGGUCCACUGGUGAGCCACACACACACUUUAUCACUAUCAGGUCCAAGUAAGAUGUGUACUGUUGCUCUGGGUUCGCUUCCCCCCAGAUGGGGCUUGCUAGGAUGGAGUGACCUGGACACGAUCCAUGCUGUGUGGCUGGAGUCAGUGGCGACACAGAUCACCAUCCGCGGGUUCGUGGCCCAAGUGAAUGCCAAGCUUGUUUACCAAAACAUCUGCCCCGGUCCUCUGCAGGUCCAGUACAGGCUGCCAGUGGACGAGGGGGCGGCUGUGUAUAAAUGUGAAGCUCAUUUGGAUGGUAGGACAAUAUCGACUCAUUGUGUGGAAAAGAAAAAGGCAGAGCAAGUGUACAAGGAGGCUGUGAGUGCUGGCAAUACGGCCGUCUUGGCUAGGCAAGAUGAACGCUCAUCAGAUGUACUACAUCUGGCUCUUGGCAACCUCCCAUCAGGAUCGAAGGCUGAGCUGAGGGUAUGUCUGGUGAUGGAGCUGAAGGUCAAGACAGACGGAGGAGUGAGCUUCGUGCUGCCUACCGUCCUCAACCCCCGCUAUACUCCACGGAGCCUUCAUCACAUGGUUCCAGAUGUUGGUUUUGAAUAUCCUGAGUUAAGGGAAGUUACCGUGAGGCAAGCCUACAAUAUCAGCAUCGAGGUUCAGAUAUCAGGCGCUCAUGAGAUAGCAAGAGUCGUCUCCCACACUGAUCCCAUCGACGUAACCAUCAGUGAGGAUAACAAGUCCGCACAGGUGAGGCAAGACGGAGGCUUCAGGAGUGACCACGACUGGAGUCUCCUGCUCUACUACGCCAACCCGUACAAGACUCGCGUGCUUCGAGAGACUGGAGACCGCUCCGCCACCGGACUCAUGAAGGAAGACCUCGUUAUGAUCAAUCUCUUCCCUGAGGUCCCGUCCAGCAGUUUCUCCAACAACAAUGAGAUCAUCUUUAUUAUUGAUCGCUCACUGAGCAUGCAAGAUGAGAACAUGCAGAGUGCCCGAGCAACACUGGCGAUCUUUCUCAAGAGUUUACCCAUUGGCUGCUUCUUCAAUAUCAUUAGCUUCGGCCAGUAUUACGAACUACUCUUUCCCGAAGGGAGUCGUGAAUACAAUGAAAAUACAUUAGCAACAGCCUGUAUUCUGCAGCAGACAAUGGACUCCGACAUGGGAGGCACAGAGAUACUUGGCCCCUUACACAGUGUGUACUGUACACCCCCGAAGUCUGGACACUCAAGACAAAUCCUUCUGAUCUCUGACGGAGGCGUGUGGAAUGUUGAGGAGGUGGUGCAGCUAGUGCGGCGCCACGCUCACCAUACCCGGGUGUUUGCUGUGGGCAUCGGGCACGGCGCCUCUACUGCUCUCAUACAAGGGGUGGCCCGGGCCGGCGGAGGCCGCUCAGAGAUGGUUCUCCAGCAGGAUAUGCUUCAGGAUAAGGUGAUGGGGCUGGUGAGCUCGAUGGUGCAGGAGACUGUGAGGGACGUGACUGUGUCUUGGGAGCUGGAGCCCAACACUUGUGUCAGGCUGGUGCCCAAGGUCCCGCCUGUCAUCUUUGGUGGGCAACAUCUCACCCUUUAUGCCCGGGUGCCCUCUGCCACCACUGUGAAGUCAAUCAGCAUCUCGGGCAAGGUUGGGGAUGUCGAGCAGAGCGAGAGCAUCUCUUGCAGUGACGUCGUCAUUGUUCACGACACAGAAAUGAGUCUCCAUCGUCUGGCAGCGCGUGCACAAAUCAACCAGUGGACGCUUGAUGAUGAGGAGGAUGUUGCAGAGGACAUGAUAGCCCUAAGUGUGAGCAGCGGCGUCGUCUCCAAACUGACGGCGUGUGUGGGUGUGGACCAGGAUGGUAGAACAGCGAGACACUCUCAGCCUCCUGAGGCGACACUUCCUCCGCUGGGUCCUGGCCAAAUGAGGAUGGCUGCUCCUAGUUCCUCUUCAAGUUAUCUGCAGUACUGCCAUAUGCCUUCUUUUCAAUGUAACAAGGGUUUUGGAACAAGGAUGAUUCCUUCUAGUUCCACUUCAAGUAUUCAGCAGAUGAGUCCCACAACAGGGAUGAGUCCUCCUAGUUCCACUUCAAGUAUUCAGCAGAUGAGUCCUACAACAGGGAUGAUUCCUCCUAGUUCCACUUCAAGUCAGCAGUAUAAUAUGCCAGAUAUAAACCCACAACCUGAGAAUAUGGGUCUUAGAACAGGGAUGAUUCCUCCUAGUUCCACUUCAAGUAUUCAGAUGUGUCGUAUAACACGGAUGAGUCCUACUUUCACUUCAAGUAUUCAGGAGAAAAGUCCUACAACAGGGAUGAUUCCUCAUAGUUCCAAUUCAAGUCAGCAGUAUAAUAUGCCAGAUAUAAACCCACAAACUGAGAAGGGUCCUUGCUAUUUCAGGAAGGCUUCUCCUAGUUCCUCUUCAAGUAAUGAGGUUUACCACCAUAUACCUGUAACGUUGCGUAACAAAGUGCUUUUAAAAUGUAGGAAAGCUCCUCCUAGUUCCUAUUCAAAUCAGCAGAAUAAAGUAACAGGUCUCCAAGUACAACCUGAGAAUGCAGAGGAGGAUAAGAAAGCAGAUUUCAACAUUUUGAAACGUGGGUCCGAUGCUGAUCUUCAGAAGAUUGUAAACUUACAAUAUUUUGAUGGUUCGUGGCUACCCAAGGACUUUCUCGGACUCCUUGCACUGCCUUGUGAUCGCAUCCAUGCCCUUGGCCACAUACCAGAUGAGCGAGCUUGGACCACAGCUGUAGUUCUGGCCUUGCUUGAGAGGAAGUUUGAGGACGCUCGUGGGAAGUGGGGCCUGAUGGCUGUGAAGGCUCGUCUCUUUAUAUCAACCACUUUGGAGGAUGCGGACAUUCUUGUUAACAUCGCUCUGUCUAUAUUUGAUGCUCAACAGUAGCCUCAUAGUGACAUGAUGUGUCGGAAAUACAUAUUUUGUUGUGUUCAUUAACAGUCUGUAUUUCGUAUUUAAUGAGGCCUCGAUUCAUCAAUAAUAUCUAGCUGCUUGAUGGAGACGACACUGCAGGAGGCCCCCUGGAGGCACUGCAGGAGGCCCCCUGGAGGCACUGCAGGAGGCCCCCUGGAGGCACUGCAGAAGGCCCCCUGGAGGCACUGCAGGAGGCCCCCUGGAGGCACUGCAGGAGGCCCCCUGGAGGCACUGCAGGAGGCCCCCUGGAGGCACUGCAGGAGGCCCCCUGGAGGCACUGCAGGAGGCCCCCUGGAGGCACUGCAGGAGGCCCCCUGGAGGCACUGCAGGAGGCCCCCUGGAGGCACUGCAGGAGGCCCCCUGGAGGCACUGCAGGAGGCCCCCUGGAGGCACUGCAGGAGGCCCCCUGGAGGCACUGCAGGCUUCAGAAAGAGACUUCCCAAUACUUUAUUGGGAGUCCUGCUCUGUGCUAUUUAACCAUUAGUUAUAUUAUCCACACUUUAUUGAUAUAUUAUCCACACUGUGUUGUUAUGAUAUCCUCACUUUAUUGUUAUAUUAUCCACACUAUAUUAUAUUAUUCAUACUGUGUUGUUAUGAUAUCCUCAAUAUAUUGCUAUAUUAUUCACACUAUAUUAUAUUAUUCACACUGUGUUGUUAUGAUAUCCACACUAUGCAAGCGAUGAGUCACAAUAACGUGGCUAAAGUAAGUUGACUAGACCACACACUAGAAGGUGAAGGGACGACGACGUUUCG